GGUUUCUGUUCUGCUUGCCGUUCAGCAGUCAGCCAGAUCCACUAUAAUCCAAAAUGGCCGCGCUCAUUGAUGUGCUGAGCGGCAUGCACAUGCACUAAACUGCGUGAACUUCAGUUAAGCGAGUCAUAUAAGUAGCUGCUCAUGAAAGAAACCGUGUAAAUUCAUUUAACGAACGAGCAUUUCUGCGAUCAUGGGGUCUCUAGGAAGAAGCGCGUCUACCUUUAUUGCGAUCUGUACUCACGUUCGGUCGGGAAUGUCCGUCCAAUCGGUGCGAUUUCGUCGAAAGGGUUUUGUAAGAACGGCCCAGAAAGUCAUAUAUCCCACUUCGAAAACAGAAGAUACGAGUAAACCGGCGAGCGAUCCUAUUUCUGGGCCACGAUACGUCAAGUUAGGCAGUGAUGACGAUGAAUUCGCGAACACCAUGAUGCAGCUGAAGAUGAAGCGCAGGAGGGAGAAGCUAAACAAGGUCCUCCUGGAAGGAAAGAGAUUAAUCGCUGAUGCGCUGAAGGCCGGCGUUGAGUGCGAAAGCAUUUACUUCACACUUCCGGAAAACAUAGAAGGACUGCCCUUGGAAACUCUAAGGGAAGACCAGAUAAAGAAGGUGUUUUACAAGAAGAUGAAAAUUUGGUCCGACAUGACAACAUGCCCUGGAAUAAUGGGUGUGUUCAAAAAGCCGUCCGCGGACCAAAUCGAGAUUCAAAGAACAAGAGAUACAAUCCCUGUCAGCGUGAUUUUGGACAAUGUUAGAGAUCCUGGAAACAUGGGAACACUGAUCCGAACUGCUGCAGCUGCGGGAUGCAGCCAGUUGUUGCUUUCAAAAGGCUGCGUGGACCCAUGGGAGUUGAAAGUGGUACGUGCUGGCGCUGGGUCACAUUUUCGAAUACCAAUAUACAGCGGCAUAGCUUGGGAACACAUGCCGAGCUACGUGACCCCCGAGACACCGGUUUACCUAGCGGACCACCGCAGUGUUGAACCUGUUGGGGCACGCAGACUGUCUACAGACAAUGACACCGAACUGAAUGAAGAAGCCUCCGACAGCGAAGAGGAGGAAGAUGAUGAUGAGGAGUCUAGGUACAGGAUUCAGACUGCGGACGGACGGAGGCUGACAGUGGAUAAGUCGUAUCGAGACAUGGACGAUCUGGAAGAUUGCAGGGACAUCAGUGUGCCCCAUUACGAGUACACCUCUGCGAGGUACACCAACGUGCCGAGCGUUCUCGUGGUGGGAGGAGAAACACAGGGACUCAGCCUCCAGGCUCACAAGCUGGCUGUGGAAUGUGUUGGUGCGAGAGUGCAUGUGCCAGCGAACAACGGCGUCGACAGCCUGAACACUGCGAUUGCAGCAUCUAUCAUUCUGUACGAGAUGCGGAGACAAAUGCUGUUGUCAUCUGGCUCCAACAAUAGCAAGGAGGAAGAAACAAACAGUAGCCUUAGUGCACACGGACAUCUGUAAAUCUCAUAUUUGUUGUAGUGGUUGGCAUAUAGCAUUGCUAGAGCAAAAUCAUUGACUUUUGUAGUUACCUAAACACAUUGUUAACAGCGUUUUCUGGCUAUCAAAGCAAAGCCAGGGAACUGAAACGUUUCUGCUGAAAACAUUUACUUAAUUUCAUUUAUUUCGUUUAAAAAGUGUGAAUUAGUUUUAUUUUUUAAUGAUGGGGGCAAUAUCCUCGUGUCAGUAGGGGGUUUGUACAUAGUAGUUUUUAGUUUGUGCUCAAGUUUUGGUACAAGAAACAUUGUUGUACAUUGUACGAAUCAGUGAGUUUGUCGUUUGCGGGUCCACUGCUUUUUUUGCAGGCUUGUCAGUGCAGCAGUACAUAUGUAGAAGCCCCACCCCUGAAGCCACAUAAGUUUCACAAGUACAGUCGAACAUUGAUAUAACAGGGAUAUAAAAAUUAUUGGAUGUAAUUUAGUAAAUCUCAAUUGUUCUGCUGACAUCAGCAGGAUGUAAUGAUCAUGCAUUUAUAACGAAUAUAGUAUAAAGCGAAUGUAUUUUCAUGCUGGAUGCAACUUUGCUAUAACUCUGGCUCAGCAUAUUUUGUUAUUUUACCAAAAUUCAGCAUAUGUUUUUUCACCUGGAAAUUAGGUUAUAUUUCAGUGAAUAUAGUUCUCUAAAUUAACUUUAACUAGCUACAUUCGAUGGACAUUUUGCAUCAAGCUUACCAUUUUUAAAAAAUCUGGUUUCAUCACUUUUGUUGACGCUGCAAUGUGCCGCAUGGUUGCGCAUCCUGUUCUACUGCAGUGGUUGGAUCCAAUAUACAGAACAACAAAACCACAUGGUAAUAUGAAAGUAUGCAGGAAUCAAGACAAUAAAUUUGAUAUUUGAGCACAAAUACAACAAGGCCUCCUAUCAAACAUUAUUACUUGGGUAGCAGGCUGAAACAUCAGAAAUUACCUGGCCAGGCUUCUUCGAUCGGAGCUCCUGCAAGUUUGCAGCUGAAGCCAAUUUUUAGCUCUCAGGCAGAUUUGCGUUCGUUGACCUUUCUCGGUUAAAACCAAAUUGUGGUAAAAAAAAGAUCGGUAAUGAACCAAAAAAUGCUGAACCGUAGUUAAAAGGUUCAGCUGUAUAAUGAAAAAUGCAGCAGCUACCUCUGUUCCUAGGCCCUGGUGGUGCCCUUUAAUGAACAGGGAAACACAUCUGGCACUAUAGAGGCUGCAUGCAUUGGGCUGUGUCCUACGCAAGCACUGAAACAUCGCUGUAUCACAACACAUAGCACAUAUACCUACUUCCCAAAGCAAUGGCAUUCUUUUCUUUAGUACAGCAUCACCAUUAUGAAAUGGCAUGCAUGAACUUCCUUUGCAACAACGGCAUUGGCCAUGGUUGUCAGCGUUACUACACCCAAUAAAAUUCAUGGCAUGUGAAAGUUUGU